UGGUCUGAAAACUCUGCGGAGGGGAUUAGAGCAUGAAAUAAACUUGAACAAGAAGCCGGGAUCAUGGCGGCACCGCUCGGGCGGGACACUCUACCUGACCACUGGUCCUAUGGAGUUUAUCGAGAUGGCAGGGUCUUCUUCAUCAGUGAUAAAACUCACAGCACUACUUGGCUCCAUCCUCGUACGAGUGAACCUGUCAACUCUGGACACAUGAUACGAUCAGAUUUACCACUGGGAUGGGAAGAAGGAUUCUCGGACGAGGGGGCCAGCUACUUCAUUGACCAUAACCAGAAGAGAACGUCGUUCCGACACCCUGUGACUGGACAGAUAUCUCCAGAAAACACUGAAUAUAUGCUCCACGACAAGACAGAGUCCCGGGGCAUGUCCAAGCCACGGCCACCGGUCAGUCAGAGGCCCCCCAGCAUGGUCAGCCAGACUUCCAAGUCUGUGACCUCAUCAACAGUGGACGCCACCUCAGGGUCAAAGCCGCAGGGCUCUAGGAGUAGUGGCAAAGUACACAGCUUCGGCAAGAGGGACCAAGCCAUCAAGAGGAACCCCAAUAUCCCUGUGGUUGUCAGGGGAUGGCUCUACAAACAGGACAGCUCUGGAAUGAGACUGUGGAAGAGGAAGUGGUUUGUGUUGUCUGACUACUGCUUGUUUUAUUACAAAGACAGCAGAGAGGAGAUGGUUUUGGGGAGCAUCCCCCUGCCCAGUUAUGUCAUCGCCCCUGUGGAGCCUGAUGACCACAUCAGCCGCAAGUAUGCCUUCAAGGCGAGCCACACAGGAAUGCGCUCCUACAUUUACAAUAAAAACUCUGUGAUUGGCUCGCAGGCAGAGCACGGUGGGAUGAGGACGUACUUCUUCAGUGCCGACACCCAGGAGGACAUGAAUGGUUGGAUCCGAGCCAUGAACCAGGCUGCUCUCAUGCAGAGUCAAGGCAUCAAGAGAGAGGCAGUCAGAGAGAGACCAGAAAUGUCAGUGCAGCAGGCGGUACCACAGACCAACCACGUUAACAACAACACCAGUAAGAGCCCCUCCCAGUCGCGUUCAGGGAGCCUCCAGCGGCCCGAGAGAGAGGAGCCUCCGGAGGGGGAGAUCCGACUGAGACAGGGGGACGAGGAGAGGUACGUGUUGGAGGCUCCUAGAAAACUCAGCCAUCCAGCCACGGAGGUAGAGGUGGACAGGCUCUCCCCAGACACUCUCCCUGGACCCUCACACCCCAGGAAUGGCCAGGCCCACAAAGUCCUCGCCACGCUGCCCCCUGAGCAGAAUGGGAACGUUGUGUAUAAGAGGGGCCUUGUCCCACGGACAGCCACAGAGAAGCAGGUGCAGAGGAAGACUGCUCUGGCUCAGGUGGAGCACUGGGUCAAUGUACAGAAGGGAGAUCCCAAGAGCAACACACCUACUACUGAGUACGCCCUCCCCCUCCCUCGGCGGACGCCUCCCCUGCAGCCUAAGGCCGUGGUAGUAGAGGCCUGCCAGACAUUGCCAAAGACUCCCAGACUCCCGUCAGGCGGGAGCUCCCCUUCGGCGCCCCGCAACCUGCCCAGCGACUACAAAUACGCCCACGACCGGCUCAGCCACUUCCGCAUGUCCACCGAUGAGCGCAUGGCCACUAAGGAGGGCAUGGUAUGGCAGCUGUAUGAGUGGCAGCAGCGCCAGCAGUUCCGCCACGGCAGCCCCACGGCGCCCAUCUACACCGGGCCAGACUUUCUGGACACCUCCUCCUUCAGGGUCACUGUGGAGAUGCCUCGCUCCAUCUCUGUGCCCCCUUCCCCCUGUGAAGUCCCCCCAUCUGUCCCCACCUUCAAACCACUGUCCCCCCACAGGCCACACACCCCCUCAGACAGGGUGACGGUCAGGCCGCUGGAUGAGGUGCCACCUGGGGAGUCGCCCACCGGCUCCAGUUCUCCUAGACGGGUGUUUUCUCAGCUCUCUAAGACUAGUCAGCUGGAGAGACGGUCAAUGCCAGCCAUGGGCUACAUCACACACACAGUCAGCGCACCAAGCUUGCAUGGGAAAACGGCAGAUGAUACUUACAUGCAACUGAAGAAGGACCUGGAUUAUCUAGAUCUGAAGGUGGGCCCCAAGAGAAAAGAUCAUAUCAAAAGUAUUGACCCGUUGAUCGUUAUGGUACACAAUGUGUUAGAAAACACCCCUCCUGGUUUUGGGUCCAGUUGGAAUGUUACAGGCCGUGAAACUCUAAAAGACAGACCAUCGAGACCUGUUAAGAUAGCAGAGAGCGAUGUUGAUGUGAAGUUAAGCCGACUGUGUGAACAAGACAAGAUCCUUCAGGAGCUGGAAACAACGAUACGCACGCUCAAGGAAGACAAGGACAAGUUGGAGUCUGUGCUGGACGUGUCCCACCAGAAGAUGGAGCAGUACCGGGACCAGCCGGCCCACCAGGAGAAGAUAUCCUACCAGCAGAGACUACUGCAGGAGGAUGUGGUGCACAUCAGAGCUGAGAUCUCUCAGGUGUUCACGGAGAUGGAGAAUGUGUGGAACGAGUACAGCAGCCUGGAGAGAGAUGUAGACUGGUUGAGGACAGCUCUGGAGGGCCAGAUGAACCGCAGUGGUCUCACUCAGAAGGAGAAGUCCCAGAUCAAGAGGGAGUUGUGGAGGAUUGAAGACGUAAUAGCAGGCCUCAGCUCCAGCAAAGCCAACUACCAAGUCACCAUCUCCUCUGUGACCAACCCAGAGAGAAAACUUGUGCCUUCCGUGUCGCCGUCGUCAGUGCCUUCUCUGUCUGCCAGUCCCUCCCUCGGAGAGAUGAGACUGGCCCAGCAGCACAGCCCCCACCUCAGCCCCACAACCCCCACCUCCACCCAGCACACCACCACAGCCCUCGCCAUGUCUGUGCCAAAAUGGGCAGAUGAGGGCGCCCCUCCCCGACCACCACUACCUCAGCUAUACAGUCCUGAGGACCACGCCCCCGCCGUGCCUCCGCUGCCCAGGGAAACCAGUGUCAUCAGACACACGUCUGUACGAGGCCUCAAACGGCAGUCUGACGAACGCAAGCGGGACAGGGAGAUCGGCCAAUACACCAACGAAGACAACAAGGUGGAGCUGCGCACCUUCCUGAGUGAACCUGAGCUCCUGGGAGUGGGAGGGUCUGGUCACAUGAGGAUGGGGUCCUUGGGGCAUGAUGGUGGCUACCAGACCCUGCCAAGCAGAGGGCCGGCUGGCUCCUCAUCCAGGCUAAAUCAGUCCACCAACAUCUCCUCAUAUGUUACCCUCCGAAGAGGAGCCUCAGCCGCCUCAGGCCUGAAGGAGAGACCAAAGAGUGCCUUGGAGCGUCUGUACUCUGGGGAUGUGCUGCAGCAGAGCAGGGGGAGGAUGAGUGCUGAGGAGCAGCUGCAGAGGAUGAAGAGGCACCAGAAAGCUCUGGUCCGCCAGCGCAAGAGGACCCUGAGUCAAGGAGAAUGCCAUGCCUCUUCAUCACGAGCCUCCUCCUCCUCAUCAUCACAGCAACGCCCCCUUUCCGCAGACCUGGGCUCAUGGAGGCGAGAGCAGGAGUUUGACCUGCAGUUGCUGGAGCGGGCGGUGCAGGGGGAGGAGACGCGGGGCGUGGUCCAGGGUGAGGAGUGUCCAGCAGAGCACAGUGAUAGACCUCGGUCCCAGUCAGAUGAGUGGCUGACCCUCCGCUCUACAGCCACGUCCACACUUACCCAGGAGGUGGACCUGGAGACGCUGGACUAUGACCUGGACCUCAGCCGAGAGCUGGCCAAACCUCAGAAGGUGUUAAUCCCUGAGCGCUACAUAGACACAGAGCCUGAGGAACCUCUCAGCCCUCAGGAGGUGGAGGCUCGCCAUCGCAACAUGGAGCGCAUCAAGAACAUUCUGGCCAAGUCCAGUGUUCAGAUCCUGGCGGGGCCCUCUGUGGCGGUGGACCAGCCAGAGGUGGUGGGUCUGGACUCAGCCCUACUGAAGCAGGAGAGGAUCAUCACCAUGUCUUACGCCCUGGCCUCAGAGGCCUCCCUCAAGAGCAAGCAGGUUGCAGCCAAUGCGCUUUCUGGACACUGAGGUGCUGUUCCAUGAUGACAAUACAACCUGGAUUCUUGAGGAAAGAAAGACUUUGUUUGGUGCUGACAGUUACACUGUUAUACAGUAGAUGAGUGUUAGUGAACAUUUAACCUGCCCUCAGCAGCACGCAGCAGGACUUACUCGCUGAUGCAUUUUUUGGAGCUAAAAUGAAGUAAACUAUUUUCUUAAGAAAAUGUAUGUCUGCCAUGAAAGCUGCUGUGCAUAUUAACUUUGGAAGUGUGUAACAGAUGUUAAUCCCAUAAUAGAAAAGUUUUUUUUACAUGUUAUUGCACUUUUAGCAUUAUACUGUAUCAUAGUGAAGAACUGAAAGAGAUAUUUUCAAGGUGAGAAUGUUUUGUCUUGCAGUGUGAUCUGAAUUUGGAGGGAACUUGUAUUUAGGUUUUUUUUUUUAAGUUAAUGAGAGUAUUCACCAACUAGAAGGUCGAUAUGAACAUAAGGUACUGAACAUGUGUCAUGUUGAUUGUAUUUUUGUCAAAACUCCGAUGAUAUUCUUACACCAAAUCACUUGAAAUGUAAUUUGUGUUUGUAUCUAGCACUGCCAGUCUCUUAAUGGCUUGCCAAAUGGAUUUUAUUUUUGCUUACAACAUUGGGAGGAGAAUAACAUUGAACAUAAUAUUUUCUGGAUGGCUUAGGCAGGUUGCACAAUGAUAAUUAUAAACAUUUUAAAUAUUAAAGAUAUUAACAUGA